AUGGUACUCGGAAAAAAUGUAUCCACAGAAAGAAGACUUUCCGUGCUGAGUCCCCUAACGACCUGGUCUGAAUCAGCCUGGGUCGCAGAGGCCAAAGUUUCAAAGUCCCGGAUGGCAAAGGCUCAGGCCUGGGAAACCCUUGCUUUGGAGGCUCAGGCAAGAGGUGGAAUACAACCUAAGUCCAGUCCCGUAGAAGAAGCAACUGUGACAAUUGUGACACAGGAAUCUUCAGAGGAGAUGACAAAGAUAAACAAGGAAGACAGCGAUGUCUUCACUCCACGUCCACUCUGGUCCAGCAAGGUUGAGUACAUCCUGGCCCUGAUGGGCUACUUGAUGAACCCUGGUAGACUCUGGCGCUUUGUCUCACGGUGUCUUCACAAAGGAGGCUGUAACUUCCUUAUAGCGUACAUCUUAUUGUUGUUGUGUGUUGGGAUUCCUCUGCUCUUCCUGGAGAUGGCAGUUGGUCAGAGGGCACAGCAGAGCAGCAUGGACCUGUGGAAGACCUUGGGCCCCUGGUUUGGUGGAAUCGGAUACAGCAUGUUCUUGGUGUGCUUCAUCGCUAACACCUUCACCAAUCUGUUCAAUUCCUGGAUCCUCUUCUACAUGAGCCACAUGUUCUACUUUGUCUUUCCGUGGGAGAAAUGUCCCUUGCAAAGGAAUUCCAGUAACUUUGAUCCUGAAUGUGAACAGGCAACAUCCUACACAUACUUUUGGUACCGGAAGACCUUGAAAGCCUCAGAUAGCAUUGAGGAUGGAGGGCCACCAGCCUUCAGCCUGAGCAUGUUCCUUUUUGUGGCCUGGUGUCUCAUUUGUAUUUUCAUGUUCAAUGGGAUGAAAUCCAUUGGGAAGGUUCUGUAUGUCUUGGUGCUGCUCCCUUACUUCAUCAUCACCUGCUUCCUCUUCCGGACUGUGACACUGGAGGGCUCCGAGCACGGGCUUAAACACCUACUGAUCCUCAAGGUGGCAAGCAUCUACGACCUAACUAUGUGGUCCCAAGCAGGGACCCAGGUGAUGUUUGAUAUGGGCUUAGGCUUCGGCCCCAUUGUUUCCUUAGCCUCACACAUGCCUGACUUCAACAAUUGUCUUCAUGAUGCCUUCCUUAUGGCUGUGAUCAAGAUACUCACCUUGAUGUUCACCACGCCUUUCAUCCUCUCCGUCCUGAGCUUCUGGGCUACCAUAACUACACAUCGCUGCUGUAAGAGGAACACAGAGGCAAUCAUAAUGCUCAUAGCCCAUGGAAUCCUACCUCCUGAGGCACAGCCCCCUGACCUGCAGGACAACCCGACCUUCACCUAUCAUUCCUGGCUCAGUAGCCUCCCACCACCCUUGAAGAGAGCUGUCGCCAGCAAAGUGCCCGUGUGCAACGUCCAGGAGAAGCUUCUGAAGGUCAGUGGAGAGCCCUCAGUUUGUGCCCUCAUCUUCACUGAAGUCAUCUCACUCCCUGGGCCUGCCUUCUGGGCUGUCUUCCGCUCCCUGUUGCUGCUGAGUCUGGGGCUGUGUGCUGCUCUAAUGUUAACGCUGGGCGUCAUCAGUCCACUCCAGGACACCUUCUCCUUCUGCAGGAGACAGCCAAAGAGCCUUACUGUGGGUGCUUCCACGGUGCUGUUCCUGUGCAGCCUCUUCUUCCUCCAGCCUUCAGGAAUCUACUACUUUUCACUGCUGUCUGAAUACUGGAUAGUGCUGCCCACCAUCAGCAUCAUCAUAUGUGAAACCCUUGCUGUAGCCUGGGCCUAUGGGGCCAAGAGGUUCCUUGCAGACAUGAUGGCUCUUCUGAGCUGCUCCAUCUUCCUUGGCUGCGACUGGCUGUGGCGCUAUGUGUCUCCAGCGGUGCUGCUAGGCCUGUUUGUGGCUUUCUUCAUUCAGCUCUGCAGGGAUCCCAUCUACAUGGCCUGGGACUCAAGCACUUCCAAAGAGGUGGUUCGUCGGUACCCAGUGUGGUGCUUGAUCCUGCUUGCCGGGCUGUCUGUCUUUGUCUUCAUGCCCAUCCCUGCAUACUUUGCGUACUGCUUUGUUAUGGGGAUUCCCUUCAGGCCUGUGGCUUCCCCUAAGCUUUCAGUGGGAAGUGGCCAGUCACUGACUAAGAAAGAGUCUUCAAAGGUUGUUCCAUAA